UGAAAUUGUAAAACGUGAAAGUCAAGGCCCUCGUUUACCUUCCUUCAUUUUCCUCUUUCAUCAUUUUCUCAAAACAGAGAGACACCCACCAUGGCCGUAGCUGAACCCAAACUUCACUCCGAACCUAAGGUUUGGAAUUUCUUCAAACUUCCUUUUCGAAAUUCUAACACUUCUUCCACCAACACGACGUCUUCUUCUGUUAAUAACAACCUUCAUCAUCAUCAUCAUCAUAACCCUAACAGUAACACUCCUCUUGAAGGUUCAACUUCUCACACUUCAAAUUCAGUUUCAUCUGUUGCUAGAUCGCUUCUCCCAACACGACGUCGUCUCAAGCUUGAUCCUUCUAACAAACUUUACUUCCCUUAUGAGCCAGGAAAACAGGUUAGGAGUGCCAUCAGGAUUAAAAACACCAGUAAAUCUAAUGUAGCAUUUAAGUUUCAAACAACUGCACCAAAAAGUUGUUUCAUGCGUCCUCCUGGAGCUAUCCUUGCACCUGGCGAGAGUAUCAUAGCAACCGUGUUCAAGUUUGUAGAGCAACCAGAAAAUAAUGAAAAGCCAGAAAAGAGUGGACUCAAAUUUAAAAUCAUGAGUUUGAAGGUCAAAGGUUCAAUUGAUUACGUCCCCGAGCUGUUUGAUGAGCAGAAAGACCAGGUGGCAGUUGAGCAGAUUUUGCGUGUUGUUUUUCUAGAUCCAGAGCGUCCAAGUCCUAUUUUGGAAAAAUUGAAGCGGCAGUUGGCUGAUGCUGAUGCUGCCCUUGAAGAACGGAAGAAACCUGCAGAAGAUGCAGGGCCUAAAAUUAUUGGUGAAGGGCUUGUCAUUGACGAAUGGAAAGAGAGGAGGGAAAGAUACCUUGCUAAGCAGCAGGGCGAUGUGGUUGUAGAUUCUGUAUAGAAUGUUGGUCUGGAUAAAUUAAUAUAUGUUGGUCUUCAGAGAAGAGUUUCAAAAUCACAGGGUCUUUUUCUUGGAAUAUUUUCAGGCGAAUGGCAAGUGUGUAUUGUAGUGAAAAGUGAAAACUAUGUGUGGGUGUGGUGAUCAUCCUUUAUGUAGAUAAAUGUCAUUAUGUUUUCAGGCUUUUUCGUUUGUGGAAUAAUAAUAUAUUUUGAUAGAUUUAUGUGAGAAAUAAUUCGUUCAAGUUCUCAAAUGAUUUGAUGUCAAUCUGUUUUGCUAUGGCUCUA